CCCAUUUCUGUGCAGCUUUUCUCCCUGAAUAGCUGCAACGAUGAAUGAUCUUAUGACAAAAUCCUUCCUCAGUUACGUGGAAUUGAAGAAACAGGCGCUGAAGGAUCUUGAAGCAGGGCCCGAUAUUGAGAUGGGGCAGCUUGGCCCCCCGGACGAAGAGAAUCUGGCCCUAUUCUUUGAAGAGGUUAGUGCAAUCAAGGCUGAAAUGGAAGAGAUCACUAAUCUCCUCCUUGACCUUCAAGGCUUAAAUGAAGAGGCAAAGUCGACUCACAGCGCUAAAGUACUUCGAGGGCUCAGGGACAGGAUGGAUUCGGAUAUGGUGACCGUCCUUCGCAAGGCCAAAAUCAUCAAAGCUCGACUAGAAUCUCUUGAUCAAUCCAACAAAGCUAACCGCAACCUAUCAGCGGCGUAUGGAGAAGGAAGUCCGAUUGAUCGAACGAGGAUCUCAGUCACCAACGGUUUGAGAACCAAACUGAGGGAGAUGAUGGACGAUUUUCAAUCCCUGAGAGAAAAGAUCGCUUCAGAUCACAAGGAAGGCCUGAAGAGGAGGUACUUCAAUGCCACUGGCGAGGUUCCCAGUGAGGAGAUGAUCGAGAAGAUGAUAUCAGGGGGCCAGCAAGUCCACCAGGUGUUUGAGGGAAAGACUGAAUUGAAUCUGGAGAAUCAGGAGAGGCAGGAGGCCUUGAACCAGAUUCAGAAAAGCUUGACGGAGCUUCAUCAGGUCUUCCUCGAUAUGGCUGUUAUGGUUGAGAAACAGGGCGAACAGAUGAACAACAUAGAACAGAAUUUAGCUCGUGCAGGUGACUUCAUCAAUGGUGGGACGAAGCAACUCAUUAAUGCUGACAAGAUGAAGAGAAAGAGAAGGAGAUGGGUAUACUUGGUUUGGGUUCUACUGCUGCUCACUGUCUUGGUGUGCCUCAUUGUGUCUCUCUGGUCAUGAGGAAACACAGUUUUUAACUGCUGAGAAUUUUAAAUGGUAUUUUUCUUUUCAGGCCAUCAGUUUGCCU